GGUUAUGUGCAAAAGAAAUGCCCAAUUGGAAUGAAAUAAUUGUUCUCUUUGAUGGAUUUUCCGAGGUGAAGAAAACAAGUGAAAAUGGGGAAAUUAUGCUUGCAAAUUGCACAUGCACUCUCAUAAAAUCCCAAGGAGUCAACAUAAUCAUCGAUACACUCACAUCGUGGGAUUCUUCAAAGCUUCUUGCCGCUCUGGAAAAACAUAAUAUUACCCCGAGAGACAUAAACUUUGUUGUAUCCACCCACGGGCAUUCAGAUCACGUGGGGAACAAUAAUCUCUUCCUCGAAGCUGAAAAACAUAUUGUUGGGCUGAGUAUUUCAAAGGGGGAAACAUACUUCCUGCACGACUGGACUGAUCCUUUUGUCAUCAAUGAGGACAUUAAGAUUAUCCCAACUCCUGGACAUACAAAGGAAUGCAUUAGUGUGGUUGUGAAAGGGAGUAAUUUGGGGGAAACUGUUGUGAUUGCUGGAGAUUUAUUUGAGCGGAAGGAAGAUAUCCUGGAUGAUCAACUUUGGAGGGAUGCGGGGAGCUUUUGUGAGGCUACACAGAGGAGGAGUCGUGCAAAAGUUGCUUCAAUUGCUGAUACCAUCAUUCCUGGCCAUGGUCCGGCAUUCGCUGUAACUCCUGAAAUGAGAAAAUCCCUUCAAGAGCAGUUUGGCAGUUGAUCCUGAUCAUCCUGGCUCAAAUGUCUUCCCAAGAAAAAAUAUUCAGAGACGCAAAAGUUCAGAUUUUAUGUAAAGAAAUAAAAUCUUUUUGUGAAUUAACAAUAAAAGUGCAAAUUGUGGGUGUAA